AUGAUAUCAAUCGAACCUGGUCAUAUUGAAAAAGAUUUCAAAAUAUAUAAAAAUAUUAAAUAUAUCAGAUUUAUUCUACCUAUCUUCGGACUUAUAAUAGUACUUGGAGCGAUUAUUCUUGGUCUUUCUAUUAUUACACUUGUUAAAGUUAAUAACAAAGUUGAUAGAAUCAUAGACAAGCACCAUGAAUCAACAUCAAAUGCAAAAGCACGUCAACAAUCAUUAAACUCGAUUUUAUCGGAAUCAGUUCGUAUUGAAGACGCAAUGAGUCAUCUUAAUGAACUACAACGCAUUGCGAAAGUUUCCAAUGGAACUCGUGCUAUUAAUACAUCUGGAUUCAAUGCAACAUUAGAUUAUAUUACAAACUAUCUUACUGCUAAUACUAAUUAUAAAGUAACAAAGUCAUUUUUCUUUUUGAGAGACUUUGCACUUGCAAACAAUCCAGUUUUAAUAUCAUCGGUUAAUGGUAUUACAAAAAAUUAUACUUAUUCUACUCAAAUUUCUGUUGCUGAUUUCUACCACGCUGUAUAUUCUACAUCAAUCAAUACUAACGAGUUUACUCAACUAACAGCUAUACCAAAUGUAGGUUGUUCGGAUGAUGAUUGGCAAAAAGCAAAUCCAUCUCCAGCCGGUCGCGUAGCAUUAGUCAAACGUGGAACCUGUCCCUUUCGAGAGAAAAUUGCACUUGCUACGAAAUACAAUGUAAAAGCUGUAUUAUUAUAUAAUGAUGGUACAUCACCCGAUCGUGUUUCACCUAUAGAAAUUACCCUUGCGCAAGAGAACAGUAUGCCUACUCUCUUUCUCUCAUUCACUGUUGGUCAAGCACUUUUAAAUAGUACUCAAAAUACACGAAGCAAUACUCGUAUGAAAUUACUUAUUGAAGCGAAAAAUAUACCUGACUAUCCUGUAGGAAAUAUUUGUGCUGAUACACCUUCAGGCAUGUUAAAGAUCUUGAUCAGCGAUUAUCAAAAGCAAAAUGAAGAGAAGAUGUAUCCUAUUGUUCAGGAAUUGGUUAAAGCACAACGUGAAUUACGCGAAGUUAAAGGACAACUUAAAAAUUUACAAUCGCAUGAUACUAUAUCAUCAUCGUCAUCAUCUGAUAAUUGCGAUUCGGAUGUAUCUACUAUUAGUUUAUUUGUUCAAUAUAAUGGAUUUUUCAAUCAACUAUUGGAUAUUCAGCAAACAAUGACCAUUGAAAAUUUAUUGGUUAAAAUUCGUCAAUUAACUGGAAUUUCAAAUGAUCGUUCAAUACGUCUUCGUGUAUUAAGUGAAGAUGGUUUGAAUACUAUAUUUCUUAUUGAUAAAGAACUUAAUCGAACAAUAGAAUCAUAUAAUAAUUGUUUAAAAGCUCGAAUGAUUUUAAAUAUUGAAGAUAGUGAUGAUGAUGAUGAUCGAGAAAAAUACCUGAAAUGGUCUAAAAGUACCAGUAGUAGUAGUGAACGAACUUAUUCAUUUGAUGAAUCUGAUGUUUAA